AUGGUCCAGUUAGAUGCCCUGGGAGGAUCCUGUAUUCUCUGGGUGUUCUCUGCAGCCCUCCCGCCCUGCUCCUUCAAUGCCAGCAGAGGGAGACCAGCCAUUGGCUCUGUCACAUGGUACCAAGACAAGGUGGCCCCUGCGAAGGAAGUGAAGAACAGAACCCCACAGUUCAGGGACCGCCUGGUUCCCCUUUCUUUUUCCCAAUUCCUCUGUGACCACCAGGCUGAGCUGCACAUCUAGGACCAAGGCCAAGAUGCUGGUGUCUAUGUGUGCAGGGUGGAGGUGCUGGGCCUGGAUGUUGGCACAGGCAAUAGGACUCAGCUGCUGGCAGAGACAAUACGGCAUGGGGAGGCAGGACCUCCUUGACUGGAAUGUCCCUGGAAAUCAGGAAUCCUACCCCUGCCCUUGUUAACUAAGCCCCUUCCUCUCCACUGCCCUCAUGCAGGACCUCAUGGGCUAAAGAUAAGCACAGUGUUCCUCCUUCAGGCUGGAUUCUAUGCCUUUGGUUUUCUCUCCAUGGCAGCACCCUCUCUUACCAGAGCAAAUGUGAGUAUGGAGCCUGGAGCAAUUAUGGAGGGAUAGGAGGGGCAGUAAGAACUGGAGGAGGAAAGGACAUACGUUAUGAAGAGGAGAGCUUCAGUGUUGGGGCACUGAAUGGCUCCUUUCAUCUCUCCCACCAGGCCACUAUCACAUGGGGACAUGCUGCCAUUCCUUGGGUGGCCUCUGAGGAAUGAUUCCAGAUCCUAGUGAUCUCUGACCCUUUUCAAGAGACCCCAAUAUAUCCUUCUC